AUGAAGCUCUCCAUAGCCACAAUGGCGCUACUAGCGCAGACGGCCCUCUGCGACUCCGUCCUGCAAGCACGGGAAGCCAAGGUCACAGCCGCCGCCACCCUUCUCGACCGACGCGCGCAAGAUGACGACUGCAACGCGGGCAAGACGGCGUGCGGCGACGGCAACGGGUGCUGCCCGCGUGGGUCCAAGUGCACGACGGCGAAGGGCGGCGUGGGCAUGUGCGCAGGCGCGUGCGACGGCGCGACGCUCUUUUGCGAGUUUGCCAAGGGCGUGAAGCUGUGCUGCCAGCCGGGCGCCGGGUGCGACUACUCGCAGAGCGUGUGCACGCAGCACAGCACCGACUCGGGCGGCGUGUGGACGGCGACGUCGACGAGCUCGACGAGUACCGAGAGCGGGACGAAGCUGCCAACGACGCCUGUAUUUAGCAGUACGUCAGACGGAGGGGACUCGUCGUCGUCGUCGACAACGGAUACUGAUGCUGGGACGGCGACGACAACGACGGAGUCGAGCGCGGGCUCGUCGGCGGAGGCGACGAGCCAGACGAGCCAGACGAGCCAGACGAGCCAGUCGAGUACCGAGCCGGCGGGCUCGUCAGCCGCGACCGAUUCGGGGACGGCGGGCGGAGCGACGCCGACAAAGAACCCAAAGGAUAGCGGCAGUGCGGUUGUUGUUAGCUGGAGCGCGGGUGUGCUGGCGGCGGUCUUUGGCAUCAUGGUAGCGCUGUAA